AUGAGUGAAGGUGAAGCGACAACUGAGGUCAAGCUUGAGGACGCGGCAGUUGAAGCCGAAAAUGGAACAGCGGAAGAAGUAAGUUCUCCUAAAAAACCUUUGAAGAAAAUAUUUUACGUGAGACCUGUUUUUGAAAUUUUUUUUUCUGAUUCAAUAUAUUUUAUUUUUAAUAGGAUUACUCCGAGAAUGAGCAGUACAAGAAACUCGUGGAGCUCAAGAUGAAACCGAAAGUAGCAGUCGCGCUCACGAAGCUUUAUGAAUCCGGAUUUAUGUCUCCCGAAGAUUUCGAUGAACGAGCCAUCGAAAUGUUGAACUCUUUCCCAGAAGACCAAGGAAAAUACAUUUGCGAUCAGCUGACGGUAGUUUUCUGUUUUUGUAAUUGAAUUUAUUCCUGGUUCAGAAGUCUAAACUUUUCGGUGUGCAGAACAAGCCGCAGUACCUGAUGUCUCUCAUGAGGAACUUCAAAGACCGUGUUCGAAACUUUGGUGCAGCGACGGUAUCAUUAUAAAAAAUGACAUUCGGUAUUGAAAAUUUUCAAGGUUCUCGGCGGCGCUCUCAUUUCUGGUCCUCCAUCUGACAGCCUGCAAGAAAUCAUUGAUCGAACUGGGUACUCAAUGGAAAUCACCGUUGGUCAGAGGAAAUACGGCGGUCCCCCACCAGAUUGGGAAGGUCCUGUCACUGGUCCCGUCGGUCAAGGGCAUGAGGUUUGAAUUUGGAAUACCAGAUUUCUGCAUGCUCACUAACAAACAAUUUUUGUUUAGAUAUAUAUCGGACAUAUUCCAAAUGAUGUCUUCGAAGACGUCUUAAUUCCCAUCUUCGAGAAAUCCGGAAAGAUUUGGGACUUGAGACUGAUGAUGGACCCAUUGACCGCCAAAAAUCGCGGUUACGCGUUCUUGACCUACUGUGACAAGUCUGCAGCUGCUGAAGCCGCCAAAACGGUAUUGCCUAGUUUGAUCAGAGUUUAUUCUUCAUCCUGAUCUGUGUUUUCGAUGUUUUGUGUUUUCGUAUCCGUUGUUCGGCAGCAUUCUUUUUUUACUCAUAAUUUUCACGCUUUUGAGGAUUUUGAAGAACGACUUCUUUUGAACGCAAAAGUGGCAAAAAUGCAAAUUUUGUAGUUUGACGGCCACGAAAUUUUGCCUGGAAAAACGCUGAAAGUGAACGUCUCAGUGGCUAACACUCGCCUGUUUCUUGGAAACAUUCCGAAGUCGAAAUCUAAAGACGAAAUUCUUGAGGAGCUCAAAACUCACGCAGGUAAAAAUUAAAACCGUUUGGAAAAAAAAGCGGAGCCUGCAACGGUUUACACUAAUCAAAAUUUUUAGAUCUUCAUUGCCAUCAAUUUUUUUUUCUAAAUGUUCAAAAGAAAGGUUUUUUUCUAUUUCAGAGGGUGUCUCUGAUGUGAUCGUGUAUACUCUUGCUGACUCUACGGACAGACACAAGAACCGCGGAUUUUGCUUUGUCGACUUCAUCGACCACAAAGCGGCUUCAGAUGCCAAGAGAAAAAUUCAACAACACAAGGUAACCGAUUGAAUCGGUUUGAAGUUGUGUACUGGUGUAUUUUUUUUUUUAGAUUCGUCCGUUCAAUGUUGAUCUUUUCGUUGACUGGGCUGAGCAACAGGAUGAACCUGAUGAUGAGACGAUGGCUAAGGUACUCACACGUAAAAAAAAACGUUUGGUUAUUUUUUGAAUUUCAAGGUGAAAGUCCUUUACGUCCGUCAUAUCAAGGAAGCCAUCACCGAGGAGAAGCUUACUGAAAUCUUUAAAGAGUUUGGCGAGGUUGAGCGCGUCAAGAAGAUCAAAGACUACGCUUUCGUUCAUUUCAAAGAACGCGAACCGUGCUUGAAGGUUUUUACUAGUCUAUGAAGCCAAAUCAAUUCUCUUCAAUAUUCAGGCGAUGGAAGAAUGGAAUGGAAAAGAACUGGAAGGCGUCACUAUUGACUGCUCGUUGGCCAAGCCACAAGGAGACAAGAAGAAGCGACCGCAAAGAGGAGGUCGAGGAGGACCGUACGGCGGCCCUGGAGGAAACAUGUUUGGUGGACCAGGGCCUAUGCGCGGAGGCCGAGGAGGAGGCAACGGCGGUGGGAACUACUAUCAAAACAAGUACUUGAACCAAAUAACUUGCAAGUUGAAAUAAUUUAAUCUAGCUUCGGCGGCGGCGGUGGUUGGGUAAAUCCUGGCUUUGGCGGCGGCUACAACGAUGCCUGGGGCGGUGGUGACGGCUAUGGAAAUGCUGGAUGGGGUGGUCCAAUGGGCGGCGGCUACGGAGGCGGCGGCUGGGGUGGCCCGAUGGGUCCUCCUGGAGGCGGAUUUGGCGGACCUCGCGGGAUGCGGGGUGGUCCUGGUGGCAUGAUGAGAGGUCGCGGAGGUCUCCGUGGUGGCGGGUAUGUAAGUUGUAUCGUUGGUGUAUUAUAAGUUUUCGAUUGCAGAAGAGGACGAGGAAAGAGACCUGGAGAUCGGAUGGGCGGUCCAGCAGUUAAACGUGAAAAUGGCGCUCCUGAUUUCUCUGCCGAUGUUAAUAUGAGCUCAUUUUAAUUUUUAAAAUCAAAAUACCUUGCGUAUCUUUUUCAUUCUGUUACAACCCUGUUUACCUUUCCCAAUUUCUGUAGUAUUGUUUUUUUAUCCGGCAAGUUGUUGUGCUGUCCUCAUCGUGUACACCUGUAUCUCGAAAAAUGUUGUUAAUUUAAUAAUUAUUUUCAUAAAAUUUGUUUUAAACAAUUCAAUCUCUACAUUUCACCAGUGUUUUUUUUUCGUAUCUUAAUCGAAUAAAAUUAAUUCAAGAAUAUUAGAGCUUUAGCGGAUUUUAAUGAAAAAAAAAUUAGCACGAAAAAGCAAAAAAGUUUGUCUGUUAUCAAGUUUAUAAUUUUAAUAAAAAUCGUCUAUAACUAUUUUUCUGUUCUUAGAAUUCAAUUGGAGAGAGUAACAAGUUCGAAUAACGAUGUGACAUAAAGUUAUUUCAUACUUCCAUUUUUGAAAAUUUGUCUACGUCGGAAGUUCUCUUACUAAUAUUCAUCAGCAAGAUUUCGCUUCUAGGUCUUGACUAUAAUCGGCUAGGAAUUGGUAGGGCUAUUUUCAGAAAAUGACCACGUCAGCCAUCGUCAGCGACAGCAGCCGGUACCCUCCAGCCGAAAUAACUCUCGGUCCCAAGGCGAAAACCUUCAACAAAGGUUUUUUUUUCCUUGACUUGAAUAUCUUCUGAAUGAUUGCAGCGGUGAUUGGACUGUUUGCCGAGUUCCUACAGGCCUUUUGCCACGCUGCCUACAAAUUGUGUGGUCCGAAUUCUUCCGAUGAGGAGAUGUUCACUUGGGAAGCUUUCGGCGAAUGUUACUACCAGGUAUCUUCGUCUUUUUUUCCGCGAUAAAUUCGAGAUUUUUCUUUUAUCAAAAGUGUAACGAGACGUAUAGAGCGCUCCACGCGAGACGGUCACGUUUUAAAUGCGAAAAAGGUACCUUGAAAACAGCUUUUGUCCCACAAAACUGCAAAAAAGACAGCAAAAACCAAAUUUUUGAAGAGAAGUAUGGUCAAAAUUGAUCUUUUUCGGUAUGCGGUCUUUUUAGCUGAAAGAAAAAUGGGCAAGAAAAAAAAUAGGCUAUAUCCUUUUACGGUCCCAGUUAUCAUGAAUUGAGCAAAUCCUUGUUUUUAUAUCUUAUAAUAAUGAUUAUCAGCAUUUUGAAAGUUCAAUUCAGUUUGACUUGAUUUUUCAUGACUUUUCAGAGAUACAAAGGGGAGGAUUUUUCCGACUACUGCGAAGAAAGUAUAGCUCUGGCUAAAGCUUCGAUUCUCAAGAAAAAGUUGGCUAUUUUUGAAGGUUAGUUCUUUACGAGUUUUCAUUUUGAUGGAAGACAGAAAUAUGGAUAAAUACACCCUAUUACUAUUGUUUUCGAUUCUGAAAAAGAUAUAUGGUUUGAAUAGUUUUUUUAAUCUGGUUUUUCUUAUAUUUUAAUGUAAUCACGAUAUUACUUUCAGUACCAAUUCGCUCGAAGUAUUGUUUUCCUACAGAUUCAUUCUCCUCAAUAGAGGGGGAAAAAAUUAUUCGUCAACUUUUCUGCGCCUAAAUUUUAACGAAAUUAAAAAAAAAAACAGAUUACGGGAGGGAAAAUUGGAAAAAAGAGGGCUAAUUUCUAUAAGGAAGCCUUAAUUUUAUACUUUUUUUUUCAUUGUGUCAAAUGAAAGAAUAUAAAGGCGCGAAAUUUUACUUCAUCCAGAGCUCCAAUCGAAGAGUACCUUCAAGAGUUUUUAAUGUUUUUUUUUUUAAACAAAAAGCCAAUUUUGUAUGUUAAUAAUUUAUCUUGUUCAUAAAAAAUUGAAUAGAACAACGUAUUUUAAUUUUAUUCUUCAGUGAGCAUGUUGUCAGCGAGCGGCGAGGCUGUGGCUUCGUACAAAGUGGCUUUCCGGUCGGUUAAUCUCCAGGAAUUCGCUUUCAGAAAUGAAAAGUUUGUCAAUUUCCAGACUUUUCUUAAUUUUUUCGUAUAUUAACUUUUUUUAAGAAAGGAAAGAGAAAUACUCCACGACAUGCAGUUGAAACUGGAAAAAAUAAUCGAAACGAUGAAAAAAUCGACUGUUCCGGAGGCUGUCAGGACCAGGAUAGCCGUUUCAAGUAAGUUUUCGUAAAGUUUGAAAGUUCAUACAAGAUUUUUUGUCGUGCGCAAACACCUUUUGAAAAUCUUGAUGGAGAUCCUUUAGAGUUACAAGCCGUGCCAAAUUUUAGUUCGAAUUUCUAGUUUUUGCUACACUGCGACGCAUAAUUAUAGACCCAUCCUAAUUUCUCCGAUUUUAAGAAAAAUUGAAAAACUUUCAGCCACCAAACUUUUUUUGUGAUAAACCUUGUUGAUAAGGAACAUAAUCAUAUCAUAGUUAUCAAUCACCCAGUUGAAAAGUUUUUCAAGAUACGAGAAAAUCUGAUUUUUGACCGACGCAGAAUUAUAGACCCACCCCAGAGUUUUCCGAGUUUCCGUUUCCGGUAACACGUUUUUCCUGUUUUUUCAGUGGUGUAUAAGAGAAAAAGUCCUCGUGUAUCACUAUAAGCCAUAAUGCCUAAAUCGACUCCAUUUGAUAAUACCGAAAAAGCGGUAAUCGAUGCUCUACUCAACAACGGCUUGUCCCAUCGGGAAAUCGCUCGUCAAACAGGUCGCUCAAGACGAACUAUUGACCGUUAUGCAAGGAAUCCGCAAUAAUACGGCACAGCAAUACAUUCUGGACGGCACAGGCUGCUAUCGGUUCAAGCUGAACGAGAUGUCUGUCGAAAAGCAUCAAACUCUACGAAGUCCGCCAACCAAAUCAGAUCCGAAAUUCCUGAAAACGUCUCGAAGGACAUCAUCUUACGAACAAUUCAUCGAUCCGGUCGAUUUGUGAAUACUCCAGUGAAGGCAGCACCUCGUCUACAGCAACGCCAUAAGAAUGAACGGCUCCAGUUUGCACGCUCUAACAUGGCCACGGAUUGGAUUGAGGUAUCAAUUUUUUCUAUCACCUUAUGAUUCCCAAUUUCUGUUCACAUCAUCUUCAGCGAAGAGAAGAAAUUCAACCUUGAUGGGCCAGAUGGGUACGCUCACUCCUGGAGAGAUUUGAGGAAAGAUCCGAUGUACUUCUCCAAGAGAAACUUCGGCGGCGGCAGCCUCAUGGUCUGGGCGGCUUUCAGCGGCAACGGGACGGUAGCUCUUUCUUUUAUUGGGACCAGAACGAAUUCGCAAGACUACCAGCAACCGCUUGCCUAGCAUCUCCUGCCCUAUCUCCGUCGCCGACGACGUGCUAAUAUGAUUUACCAACAAGACAAUGCAUCUGUUCACGCGAGCAACUCCACAUUGGCUUGGUUUGCGGCCAAUAACGUGGUUCUUUUGGACUGGCCCGCGUGCAGUCCUGACCUCAACUCUGUAGAGAAUUUAUGGUCAGUCCUUGUACGAAGGGUCUACGCGAAUGCCAAGCAGUAUACAACGGUCAACGAUCUGAAAAGAGCGAUUCGUGCCGAGUGGGAUGGUUUGGACAAGUCACUGCUGCAAUCACUCGUUGGCAGCAUGCCGAACAGGAUUUUCGAAGUCACUCAGAAACAAGGAGGCAUCACACAUUAUUAAUUAAUUUUUUUGUUAUACUUCGUUGACUUUGUGAAAUAAAUUUUGUUGAUUACUUAUAGUGGGUCUAUAAUUCUGCGUCGGUCAAAAAAAUCAGAUUUUUCUCGUAUCUUGAAAAAAACUUUUUCAACUGGGUGAUUGAUAAUUAUGAUAUGAUUAUGUUCCUUAUCAACAAGGUUUAUCACAAAAAAAGUUUGGUGGCUGAAAGUUUUUUUCAAUUUUUUUCUUAAAAUCGGAGAAAUUAGGGUGGGUCUAUAAUUAUGCGUCGCAGUGUAUUUCUGAAGCCGUCAUUUUAAAAUUUUUGGGUGCGGUUUGGUAUAUUGCAAACGCAAUUUCGAAAAUCAACGUCUUGCGCAUUUGACAAAAAUGUACUACUUUUCUGAGAUAAUUACAUGAGAGUUUACGCAACGUAUAAAAGUUCCCAAAAGGAAAUCACUACCAGUCUACGAGAUUGGCACAGCUGUAAAUAAAAUUUCAAUUUCAAUUAACAAACUCAUUUAUAUCCGUAAAGGUUUAUACACACGGCGUUUUUUCUCAACGAAAAUAAUGAUUAAGGAACGCGACCACGGAUUAGACAGCUGAUCCAGCCCAAGUGUUGCAUCGACGCUCUUCUCGACCACCCCAAGGAUGAGCCGCGGAAAAGACUGGCGCCAGUCGCCGACGCAGUCUCGACUCCUUUGGCCAACAUUUGCACCUUCGCCACUUUCAACCCUUGA